UCCGACUGUUUCCAUUCUGUCCAAUCUCUCCCACCGCCAUCAUAACUGAAUCACAAUGCACGUUGCAAUCGCCCCGGCAAGUAAUAAAACGAGCACAGCAGCUAUUUCUUCGCUGCUAUCGCAAAACCGCGAGAUCCAUGUCAAAGGCCUAUACCGUGAUCUGAAGAAAGUCCCCAAUGAGUUCAGUUCUGCAGACAACUUCGAGGCGAUUCAAGGUGAUGUCGGAGACGUAAAUACCCUAGACUUCUCCGGCUCUGAUGCCGUUCUGAUGGUCCUUCCUCCUGCCUACGACGGACGCGACAUCAUUGAACAUUCUCAAAGAAUCUCAAGUAAUGUAAAAACAGCGAUUGAGAGAGCUGGUACUGUGAAGAGGCUUGUUUUGUUGUCGAGCGUUGGUGCUGAAUUCUCAGAGGGCGUGGGUGAGCUCAAAACAAAUCACAUCUCGGAAGAAGUUUUAAAAAACACGGAUAUCCCUGAGAUCAUCAUCAUCAGAUGCUCUUACUUCAUGGAAAACUGGACCAUGUCCGUCGAAACACUCAAAGGCUCAGACCCCUUCUUCUUCUCAACCAUCACGCCACUAGACUUUAAGAUCGCCAUGGUCGCCAUCAAAGACAUCGGAGCAGCAAUGGCCACACAACUCAUUCGCGACUGGACACCUCCCAGAAAACCUUAUAUCAUGGAACUUCACGGACCAGAGCCUUAUUCUCCACUGGACGCGCAGAAGGCAUUUUCGCAGGCGUUGGGUAAGCAUGUUGAGGUCAAGGCAGUUGAGAAAGAGGACCUUUCGGAAUUUUAUGGCAAGAUAUUUGCGCCGCAGAUUGUGAAUGAGUGGGUUGAAAUGAGUACAUGCUUUUUGCCAGGUGGUAUUGCGGAGAAGGAUCUUUCGAAGCCGAGUGAUGUUGAUGUUAUUUAUGGGAAGACGACUUUGAAUGAGGCCUUGAGAGAAGCGACAGCUGAAUUGAGGAAGUAGGAUAAGCUGCUUCGGUACAAGCCACGAGAAAGAAGUCAAGAUUGUAUAAGUGAAGACCAGAAAGAGACAUUAUGUAUUUAACUCAAUGAAAAGCAUGCUAUGCUAUGUGAUUCUAUGCAAACAACCCUCCAACAGCCAACC